GUCAGCAGCAGCUUCGUCAGUUCAGUUGUCAUUUUUGCUUACCUUUGCCGCUGUUUCUUUUGUAUUUUAUUGAUUAAAAUUAUAUCUACAACAACAAAAUGAAUAUUUAUUCACAAACAUUAUGUUUAUUAAUUUUAGUAUCUUGUGUGUUAUGUGAAAAUAAAUAUUCACGAUCUGCAAAUGAAAAGAAAAAGUCUGAUGUAGAAUUCAGAAGUUUGGAUAAACCAUUUAGAAUGAACAAACUUAAUUUAUUGUGGACAAAAGCUCGACAGCGCCUCACAGAGCCUAAGCUGAAAUCCUUAUACAGUGAUUUGAUGAUCCAAGACAAAGAAGAAUUAAUAUACAAGAGAGUAAAAAGUGAAGGAGGUGAUAAGGAGGGGCUGAAGGAAGCUGAAUUGAGGCGGAAACUAACUAACAUCAUGUCAAGCUAUGGACUUCUACAUCACUUUGAACCUGGUGCACCUAAGGAGAAAGACCACCCUGCUUACAACUCUGCCAUGGAUGACUACAUCAACAAGAGUAUUUUCAAAGAUAAGAAACUUAAUUAUCUUUGGACGAAGGCAGAGGCUUCAGGAUUCACCAUGGAAGAGUUGUUAGCUUUACGAGAAGAGUUCACACACCAUCAAGAGAAAAUAGAUCAGUAUUACGACUUGUUGUCGGAUGACUCACCAAAAGACGAUGCAUUUAAAAAUAUUAUCAAUGAAGAUGAAUUAGACAAAUUCAAUGAAAUCAGUGAACACACAAAUGAAAUGACCAAGGAUUACAUUGAUAAAGCUAAUCUAAUCAGAGAAAAACAUCGAGAUUUGAGGGAUGGCUAUGACAGGCUUCAAAGGGUGGUUGCUAAAGCUCCAAACAAUAAAGACUUCAUAGAACCUAAAGUGCAAGGUCUUUGGAAAAUAGCUGUUGCUGCUAACUUUACUACUGAAGAACUGGCUUCACUGAAGGUGGAACUGCAGCACUAUGAGUCGCGAUUGUUGAAGUUACGUCACUUACAAGCGAACAAUGUAAGCAAUCGCGAGAAACAUAAGGACAAGAUUGCUGGCGCGGGUGACAAAAUCAACCACUUUGAAGAACAGGAGCAGAUGAUCAAGAAACAUUCCCUGAAGGUUGCGAAGCUACACGCUGACCUUGAGAGCAAAAUAAUGGAACGUCACACUGAACUGUAACACUGCUCUCCACUUUGCCAAAGUAGAUGUGACAAUAUUGUUGUAAUGCAUUUAGAACAAAUUUCUAUGUUUGUGUGUAAAAGUAUGAUAGCAUUUGUUGUGCUGUUAUGCACAAAUUACUAUUACGAUUGCAUAAUGUAUGUUGUCCGUAGAUAUUUUAAGUGUAAUGUUUUAUUAUAAUAAAUGUAAAUAAGAAUGAUGAAUCUCAA